AUGGUCCUCGAUCUGUCUCGCACAGGUAUUGAAAAUUUGCCAGACUCUGUCUCUGAUUUGUUGAGUCUCACUGCAUUCUUGCUCAAUGAUUGUCGGGAGUUAAGACUUGUUCCAUCAUUAAAGAAGCUCAGGGCAUUGAAGAGGUUGGAUCUCUCUUGGACUAUGCUUGGAAAGAUGCCGCAAGGAAUGGAAUGCCUAACCAACCUGAGGUAUCUUAGAAUGAAUGGAUGUGGUCAAAAGGAGUUUCCUAGUGGGAUAUUACCAAAACUCUCUCACCUGCAAGUCUUUGAACUAGAACGGUUUCCGGUGCUUCCAAUAACAGUUAAAGGAAAGGAAGUAGGAUCCUUGAGAGUCUUUGAACUAGAACGGUUUACGGCGCUUCCAAUAACAGUUAAAGGAAAGGAAGUAGGAUCCUUGAGAAAUUUGGAAAGUUUGGAAUGCCAUUUUGAAGGUUUCUCUGACUUCGUGGAUUAUCUCAGAUCUCGGGAUGGGAUCCUAUCAUUAAGCACAUACAAAAUUUUAGUAGGAGAGGUGUUUAGCUAUUCAGAGCAAUGCAUUGAAGAUUUUCCAAGUAAAACAGUUGGGUUGGGUAAUUUGAGUAUCAAUGGAGAUAGAGAUUUUCAGGUCAAGUUCUUAAAUGGCAUUCAUGGACUGGUUUGUCAAUGCAUCGAUGCAAGAAGUUUAUGUGAUGUUUUGUCAUUAGAGAAUGCAACUGAACUGGAGCGCAUCAGCAUUCGGGAAUGCCAUAACAUGGAGAGCUUGUAUGAAGAAGCUGUUCCCACUUGUGCUGCUGCCAAACCUCGUAAACCUGGAAAGGAUUUAAGUGAAGCACUGGUGGAUUACUCGUGUUGGGAAAACAUUGAUGAUUUUCCAAGUAAAACAGUUGGGUUGGGUAAUUUGAGUAUCAACGGAGAUGGAGAUUUUCAGGUCAAGUUCUUAAAUGGCAUUCAAGGAUUGGUUUGUGAAUUCAUCGAUGCAAGAAGUUUAUGUGAUGUUUUGUCAUUAGAGAAUGCAACUGAACUUGAGUUCAUCGACAUUAGGCGUUGCCAUAACAUGGAGAGCUUGGUUUCAUCUUCUUGGUUCUGCUAUGCUCCACCACGAUUGCCAUCAUAUAAUGGUGCGUUUUCUGGUCUUAAAGUGUUUUGUUGUGAUGGAUGUAACAAUAUGAAGAAGCUGUUCCCACUUGUGCUGCUGCCAAACUUCGUAAACCUGGAAAGGAUUGUUGUUACUGAAUGUGAGAAAAUGGAGGAGAUAAUAGGAACAACAGAUGAAGAAAGCAGCACCUCCAAUUCCAUCACGGAAGUCAUUCUCCCAAAGUUAAGAUCUCUGAGAUUGUAUGAAUUACCAGAACUGAAAAGCAUUUGCAGUGCAAAGCUGACUUGCAAUUCUCUUAAAGAUAUUAUUGUAAUGUAUUGUGAGAAGCUGAAGAGGAUUCCAAUUUGUCUUCCGUUGCUUGAAAAUGGCCAGCCAUCUCCUCCCCCUUCUCUUAAAGAAAUCCAUGCAAGGCCAAAAGAAUGGUGGGAGACAGUAGUGGAGUGGGAGCAUCCUAACGCAAAGGAUGUCCUUCGUCCCUUUGUAAAGUAA